GGUGGCGAUGAUCGCCGAGCGGUGGCGUUGUUCGAGCGACGACGGCGCUGUCUGGAAAUCUGUCUCGUGGGCAGACCCACACGUAUUAUUGAUAUUACCUAUUUGAUAACAUCUCACGCAUCAAGAAUUUCAUAUUUAAUUCCACGGUGGUGUUAAUUUUCUAUAAGAUAUAGAAUGGCCACUGCUGAGGUGAACGGCAGUUCUGCCCUAGCAAAGGAGGAGGAUGAACCGAUGGACGUGUCGACCACGCACACGGAGAAUUACCAGACGUUACUGGACGCCGGGCUCCCUCUGAAAGUAGCGGAAAGCCUGGAUAACAUUUUCCAGACAGGCUUGGUAGCGUACGAGGACCUGGAUGAACGGGCGAUCGACGCGUUGCGGGAGUUCAACGAAGAAGGGGCCCUCACGGUGCUGCUGCAGUUCAAAGAAAGUGACUUGUCCCAUGUUCAGAACAAAAGUGCUUUCCUCUGUGGUGUCAUGAAGACGUAUAGGCAGAGGGAAAAGCAAGGAAGCAAAGUACAAGAAUCCACCAAGGGCCCUGACGAGACCAAAAUCAAGGCUCUGCUGGAUCGAACUGGAUACACAUUGGAUGUGACCACGGGGCAAAGGAAAUACGGGGGACCCCCACCACCCCAGGUCUUCACGGGGUGCCAGCCCGGCGUUGGCACGGAGGUGUUUGUGGGAAAGAUCCCCAGAGACCUGUACGAGGACGAGCUGGUGCCCCUCUUUGAGACGGCCGGGCCCAUCUGGGACCUCAGGUUAAUGAUGGACCCCCUGUCUGGCCAGAACCGCGGCUACGCCUUCAUCACCUACUGCAACAAGGACGACGCGCAGGAGGCCGUGAAACUCUGUGAUAACUAUGAGAUCCGGCCAGGGAAGUACUUGGGAGUUUGCAUAUCGGUGGCAAACAAUCGGCUGUUUGUAGGAUCCAUUCCAAAGAACAAGACGAGAGAGAGCAUAUUGGAGGACUUUGGCAAAGUCACAGAGGGUCUCCAGGAGGUGAUCCUGUACCACCAGCCGGACGACAAGAAGAAGAACCGCGGCUUCUGCUUCCUGGAGUACGAGGACCACAAGUCGGCCGCCCAGGCCCGCCGCCGCCUCAUGAGCGGCAAGGUGAAGGUGUGGGGGAACCCCGUCACGGUGGAGUGGGCCGACCCCGUGGCCGAGCCCGACCCGGAUGUCAUGGCCAAGGUGAAGGUGCUGUUUGUGAGGAAACUAGCCACGCCGGUCACUGAGGAGCUCCUGGAGAAGACCUUCUCUCAGUUUGGCAAGCUGGAGCGUGUGAAGAAGCUCAAAGACUACGCGUUCGUCCACUUUGAGGAGCGGGACUCUGCAGUAAAGGCGAUGGAGGAGAUGAAUGGGAAGGAGCUGGGCGGGGAGGAGAUUGAGAUAGUCCUGGCCAAACCCCCAGACAAGAAGAGGAAGGAGAGGCAGGCGGCCCGCCAGACCACCAGGAACACAGGGUAUGACGACUACUACUACUACCCCCCGCCCCGCAUGCCCCCCCCAGGCCGGGGCCGGGGCCGCGGCGGCCGAGGGGGCUACGCCUACCCGCCCGACUACUACGGCUACGAAGACUACUACGACGACUACUACGGGGGCUACGACUACCACGACUACCGCGGCGGCUACGAGGACCCCUACUACGGCUACGACGACAUGUACAGCAUGAGGGGCCGGGGGUCGCGUCCCGGCCGGGCGGGGCCGCCGCCGCCCAGGGCCCGGGGGGCCCCUCCCACGCGGGGCCGGGGGGGCUACGCACAGCGGGGGCCCCCCAUCGGAGGGCCCCGGGGCGGCAGAGGAGGCCGCGGGGCCCCCUUCCAGCCGCAGAGGGGCCGUGGCCCCCGUGGCGCCAGGGGCAACCGCGGCGGUAACGUGGGCGGGAAGAGGAAGGCGGACGUGUUCAACCAGCCCGACUCGAAGCGCCGGCAGACCAACAACCAGCAGAACUGGGGGUCCCAGCCCAUCGCCCAGCAGCCCCUGCAGCAGGGUGCCGACUAUUCCGGUAACUAUGGUUACAGUAAUGACACCCUGGAGUUUUCACAGGAUUCCUAUGGGCAGCAGUGGAAGUAGACGCGCCGACAGGUAUUUGUCAGAGUAAGUGACAAAACAAACAAACAAACAAAAUCCAAAAAAAAGGAAAAGAACAAAAAGGAAAAAAAAAAUCAGGAGAUUGGGCCCCAAUUUUUUUGAUUGACUUUUUAUUCUUCGUUCCUCAUCGAAAAAAGAAACAAAUAUAUAAAUAUAUAUUAUCCCUGAAAAAUGGACGGAUCCCAGAAUUGGCUCCUCUUGAUUGGCUGGAAAGCAUUUUGGCUGAAGAAGUGAGCGUAACCGUUUUGCUGAAUCCUUUCUUACUCCUUGCGGUUACAUUUUGGACAUGUGUUUAAAAAAAAAUGAAAAAAAUUCCCUGAGCUAAACACUUUUACUGUUUGUUCCUCAUUCUUUUAAAGCCAACAAUGAACACUACAAAAAGACAAAAAAAAAAAAAUCCAAACACGGACGUUCAUUUUACAAAAGUCUGAAGGGACAUUAAAUCAUCGUAUAUUGCCUUGCAGGAAGUAUGUGUCCACGCUCCUUCCCUGUCCUCCCCUUCUUGUAACCCAUCUAUUCGUGGUUUCAUAGUGGCUUAGGGACUUGCUUGUAAAUAAAUGCAUAUGGUUAGCGCUUGAUAUUUUUUGUUUUGUUUUUGCUGUGGUGGAGAAAAGAAUCCACGGGAGGAGAGGAGGAAUCAAAGUUUUGUAAUGUGUAUGCGUAGCAUUUCUAGAGGUAGACCACAUGUGUUUUUUAAACUGAUACAACUUCCUAUGUAUUCUUUGAACUUGCCCGAUUAUAGGUUUUUGGUUUGGCUUACGUAAGAGCCAUAGCAGUUUGUUCUUUGAUGUUCUUUGUAUUUAUAACUUCUACGUUUUGUUCAGUUUCAAUAAAACUCAGUUGAGUAUCAGUCAAUUGUCAAAGAUA